AUGGCUGCAGCACCAUCAUAUGCAGAAGUUUUGAAAAAAGAUACCGAUAUUGAUAAUAAAGAACAUGAUAAUAGUGAAACAGAAGCUAAUUCCACCUUCCACAACACCUCCAGUUAUUCUUACAAACCUAGUGCUUCUAAAGGUAUAAUAACAAUAAGCAGUGGUGGAAUAGAUGACAACUAUACAUCUAGAGGAGGAAGUGAUAAAAAAUCAAAAAAAUUAUCAAAAAAAACAAUUAUUCUAAGCGCUACGUUAGAUAUCGCUUUAGCUGGAAUGCUGAUUGGCUGGAUUUAUAAGAAACCUACUGCUACUAAAAUUCAAAUUGGUGUUGGAUCAAUUGGCUUAUUAUCAUUAUACGGCGCUCAAUGUUUUGAUAAUGAAAUUCUUAAAAUUAUUCCUGGGAGAGUUUCAACUGAAGCAGAUGCAAUUUUAUCAUUUGACACUGAAGGGACUGUUGCUAAAGCUAACCAUUUGAUUGGACUUUAUGAGGAAGCUGAUAUUGGUAAGGAAAGAAUAUUAAUCAAGAUUGCUUCUACUUGGGAAGGCAUUAAAGCUUGCUUAAUACUUGAGAAAGAAAGAAUCCAUUGUAAUCUCACUUUACUUUCUCUUUCCCUCAGGUUAUUAUUAUAUUCUUUUCCCCCCAAAAAAAUUUUAAUUGGAUAUUUUGCUAAUUAA